UAUUGUUAUCCCCAUUUUUGUUCGGAUUCACGGGGGGAAAAAAAAUCAGAAACUUUUUAGUUUCCAAAAUUCAUCCGCUCAAACUUGUCCAUCUGCCUGCAAUUCCCUUCUGCGGUCCCGCUCUUCUUCUUCUUCGCCGCAGUUUAGUCCUUUCUUCUUCCCUCCGACCUCACUCUUCUCCUCUACACCUUUCUUCCUCCUCAGUUUUCACUUGGAUGCAUCACCUCACCACACCAGCUCCAUCCUUCAAAUCCUUGCUCCCUUCUCCUCCUCGUCAUGCACCUUUUCUUCCAAACCCUAGGCUCCUCUCCCUCCCACCAUUGCCGUAUUCUCCUUCCGCCGCCGCCGGCCAUUCUAUCCACUCCUUUGGCCUCACUUCCCGCGACACCGACCUCUCUUCUUCAUCUGCCCAUUGUUCAACCUCUCUUAGGAACGACGCCGCUGUCUCCCAUGGGAAGCUCCGGAGCUUUGGUCCCAAGGUCGUCGACGUCGCUACUCUUGGAAAUCUCUGCGUCGACAUCGUUCUGAACGUCCCCGAGUUACCCCCUCGCCAACGCGAUGCUCGCCUCGCGUAUAUGGAACGCCUCUCCGCUUCUCCACCGGAUAAGCGAUUUUGGGAAGCUGGUGGCAAUUGCAAUGUGGUUAUAGCGGCUGCUAGGCUGGGCCUUCACUGCGCCACGAUCGGUCAUAUUGGGGGCGAGAUAUAUGGGCAGUUCCUUUUGGAUGUGCUUCGAGACGAGCGGAUUAGGAUGGUUGAGAUGACUGAGGACGGUGAUGCUGUAGACACUUCAAGUGCCGCCUACGAGACUCUUCUGUGUUGGGUUCUGGUUGAUCCUCUUCAAAGACAUGGAUUUUGUAGUCGAGCUGAUUUUCGUGAGGAUCCAGCGUUUAGCUGGAUGAGCAAAUUGUCAGGGCCGGCAAAGAUGGCUAUUAGUCAGUCUAAGAUUCUUUUCUGCAAUGGUUAUGGCUUUGAUGAAUUCUCCCCUGGUGUGGUUGUCUCAGCUCUGGAUUAUGCUAUUGAAGUUGGGACUUCUGUUUUCUUUGAUCCCGGUCCACGCGGAAGGAGCCUUUCGAAUGGAACGGUGGAAGAACAACAUGCACUUAGGCAAUUGUUGAAGAUGAGCGAUGUUCUACUUCUGACAAGUGAUGAGGCUGAGUCAUUAACAGGCAUAGGAGAUCCAGUAUUGGCCGGACAGGAGUUGCUUCAGAAUGGAGUACGGACUAAAUGGGUGAUCGUAAAAAUGGGUUCGAAAGGAUCAAUUCUAGUCACUGCAUCAACUAUAUCCUGUGCGCCUGCAUUUAAGGUCGAUGUCAUGGACACAGUCGGUUGUGGAGAUAGCUUUGUCGCUGCUGUGGCAUUUGGUUAUAUACACAAUCUGCCAUUUGUAAAUACCUUGGCCAUUGCCAACGCUGUGGGCGCUGCAACUGCUAUGGGCUGCGGUGCUGGUCGUCACGUUGCAACCUUAGAGCGGGUAAUUGACAUUCUAAGAGAAUCAAACAUCCAGGAGGAUGAUGCAUUUUGGAAGGAGCUGCUUGUAAGAAAUGUCAAAACGGACCAUGAGGUCACGUUUCUCUCAAACAUGGCCUUAAAUGGAAGCAGCAAUUCUCCGAGCCAUGCCACUUUGAGAAACGUGGUCUCUGAACUGCUACCAAAGCUUGAAUCGGCACGGUUAGAGGGCAAAUUGGCUUGUUGAUGAAACGAUCUAACUAGAUAUAGUAGGUUGGGUUAGUUCUUGAUCUUUGGCAUUCUUUUUAUCUUAUUUGGCGGCAGAAACUACAAGCCAAGGUUUGGCCUGGACUUCAACAAAUACAGUUGCUUGGAGAGAAGUUCCGAUUUUGUGAAUUGAAAAUGGGAUUGGCUCAGCCCUCGGCCAAAGGAUGGUGUGGAAAAAAAGAGGCUGAUAUAAUGUUAGAAUUCAGAACCCAUCAGCAUGUGCUUGUUUACCAGCAAAGCUCUGGCAUUCCAUAAUUUUUUGGUAGUUUCAACAGCCAACUUGAGCCAAAUAGUAGUUCAUUAUUUGUUCUUGGGUCGUCAACGUACUGUUGCUAUUGGAUCUGUUACUGAACAACAUUUGCUCUUAUCAGCCAACUUUGUUUUCUUCUUGAACCCGAAAGAUAACUGUAACGUUGACAUCGUUGUUUAAUCCAGC